CCUCUGCGGCCUGCCGGCGCGCGUUUUUCCCGGCCGACCUGCAGUUAUGGCGGCCACGGCCACGAUGGCGACCUCGGGCUCGGCGCGGAAGCGGCUGCUCAAGGAGGAGGACAUGACCAAGGUGGAGUUCGAGACAAGCGAGGAGGUGGACGUGACGCCCACCUUCGACACCAUGGGCCUGCGGGAGGACCUGCUGCGCGGGAUCUACGCCUACGGUUUUGAAAAGCCAUCGGCGAUCCAGCAGCGUGCCAUCAAGCAGAUCAUUAAAGGCAGGGACGUCAUCGCCCAGUCCCAGUCUGGCACCGGCAAAACAGCCACCUUCAGCAUCUCAGUCCUGCAGUGUCUGGACAUCCAGGUUCGUGAGACCCAGGCUCUGAUCCUGGCUCCCACCAGAGAGCUGGCUGUGCAGAUUCAGAAGGGCCUGCUUGCUCUCGGCGACUACAUGAAUGUCCAGUGCCACGCCUGCAUUGGUGGCACCAACGUGGGGGAAGACAUCCGAAAGCUUGACUACGGGCAGCACGUGGUCGCCGGCACGCCAGGCCGCGUCUUUGACAUGAUUCGUCGCAGGAGCUUGAGGACACGCGCCAUCAAGAUGCUGGUCCUGGACGAGGCCGACGAGAUGCUCAAUAAAGGCUUUAAGGAACAGAUCUACGACGUGUACAGGUACCUGCCACCGGCCACGCAGGUGGUGCUGAUCAGCGCCACGCUGCCCCACGAGAUCCUGGAGAUGACCAACAAGUUCAUGACGGACCCCAUCCGCAUCCUGGUGAAGCGCGAUGAGCUGACGCUUGAGGGCAUCAAGCAGUUCUUCGUGGCCGUGGAGAGGGAGGAGUGGAAGUUUGACACUUUGUGUGACCUCUACGACACGCUCACCAUCACCCAGGCGGUCAUCUUCUGCAACACCAAGAGGAAGGUGGACUGGCUGACGGAGAAAAUGCGGGAGGCCAACUUCACGGUGUCGUCGAUGCACGGGGACAUGCCACAGAAGGAGCGCGAGUCCAUCAUGAAGGAGUUCCGGUCCGGCGCCAGCCGAGUGCUCAUUUCCACAGACGUCUGGGCCCGGGGGCUGGAUGUCCCUCAAGUGUCCCUCAUCAUCAACUACGACCUGCCCAACAACAGAGAGCUGUACAUCCACAGGAUCGGGCGGUCGGGUCGCUAUGGCCGCAAGGGCGUGGCCAUCAACUUUGUGAAGAACGAUGACAUCCGCAUCCUGAGGGACAUCGAGCAGUACUAUUCCACCCAGAUCGACGAGAUGCCCAUGAACGUUGCUGAUCUCAUCUGAGGACCCACCAUGUGGUGCUGAAGAUGCCGGAGGCACAUCUCACACCCCCACUUGGGGGUGGCUUUCAGUUACUGGGGGUUGGUGUGAUCCCUGUGCCCACCCCAACAGAAGCUGGGGGACUCACGCUGUCUUUACCCACGUGUAAAUAUGUUGCAGUUUUUGUUUUUUCCCAUUAAACAUGAACUUUUCCUACAAA